CUCAACUCCCUCCUUGGCUGCCCAGGGGAGGAGCCCAGCCAAAGGGGCGGAAGCGCCGACAAGAGCCCGAGGCGAGCCUCUCUGCGCUUGGAGUUUGCGCUCUGCGCCGCAAAAGGAGUCGCGUCCUGUGCGUGGAGCGAAAGGCACGGAGAGGAUAUCUCAUUCCCGGUUUGACUUGGAGUGAACACCAUGAACAAUUACAGUGUAUCUCUGGUUGGGCCGGCCCCUUGGGGUUUCAGGCUCCAAGGGGGCAAGGACUUCAACAUGCCUUUGACCAUCUCUCGGUUAAGUGAUGGAGGCAAAGCAGCUAAUGCAAACGUUGGAAUAGGUGACAUCGUUCUCAGUAUUGAUGGGAUAAGUGCAGAUGGCAUGACUCAUCUAGAAGCACAAAACAAGAUCAAGACCUGUACAGGAAAACUGACUAUGAAUCUGCAAAGGACACCUGCAGCUCCCAAGCCUGAUCCUAUACCUGUGCAGCUGGUAGAGCCUAAGGACAUAGUUAAGCCUGUGCCCAUUGCAUCCGCAGUUGUACCCAAAGUUUCAUCCGCAACCAACAUGGCCUUCAAUAAAGCCCCAAGGCCAUUUGGGGCUGUAUCAUCCCCCAAGGUCACUUCCAUUCCAUCACCAUCGUCUGCCUUCACUCCAGCCCAUGCGAGUGCGUCAUCACGUGCUUCUCCUCCACCACUGGCCACUGUCACACCUCCCACAUUCACUGCCUCCGGACUGCAUGCUAAUGCCAAAUCUAAUCCUGGCCAACGAUCACCCAUAUUGAGUGCUGCCAAACCUGCAGUUAAUGUCCCAUGGCAGCCCACACACAAUGCAUCCUUCAACGAAAAUGCCCAGGAGGUGACAGAGGGGCAACGCAGAGGAUUCAAAGAGAACCAGGUUGACAAUAAAGAACAAAAUGGUCCACCACGGAAGCAUGUUGUAUAUACGAAUACAGAGUUUUACCAUCCACCAACUCACAGCAACCACAGCAAGAAGCGCUUGAUUGAGGAUACUGAGGACUGGCACCCAAGAACAGGAACUACGCAGUCACGUUCCUUCCGCAUCCUUGCACAGAUCACUGGGACUGAACACAUGAAAGAACCAGAACCUGAUCAUUCAAAAAAGACAAAGGAUAGUCAAACAGAAAAUGGAGAUUGGAGCUUCUCCACAGCUUUAAUGAAUGGACUGGAAACGCAGUACUCGAGUUCAGUAGCUACUCAGACCUGUGAGAUAUCCGAUGUGUCAGAACAACCAGUGUUGCUUUCUACAACUCAAAGGGAAGAAGCAAAUUCAGCUAGCUCUGUUUUGCUAAGUGAUCCAGCUCCUUCUACUGCUGCUUCUUUUACCAAACUUUCUGGAACCGCUCUCUCCAUUUCCUCUUUCAAGAGAGAACUUAUUUUCAAGAAUCCUCUGGAAGCCCUUCCAAAAUGUGCACCUCAUCCACCGGCUGCUGUUCAUAUUUUAAACAAUAACCAGCAAGUAGCCAUUGUGGCCAAAACAGCCUCAAGUUACAUUAGAUCAAAUAGGAUAAAAACUGGUUCUCCGGUGUUGAAUGCCCCAGAUGCUGCAUCAUUGAGGGUAGAUGGAGCUGAUCAUAAAAGGAACCUUCCUGUGAUGAUCUCAGAAGCAACUCAAACUUCUGAGCUUUUGGUCUCCCCAGUUGCUCCUGUAGAAUCUGCAUUAGCUGCCCAGUCUGUGAAACCUGAAGUGGUACCCGUAAUUACUGACAGGAAGUUGCCACUGGAAAAUCCAUUAGGAAGUUGCUUAACACUUUCUGCUGUAACUUCAACUUCACUUUCAAGUGUGAUACCAUCACAAGUUAGGAAUAGUGCUGCUGCUGCCGUGUCUACUGCUGUUGCUAUAAGGGCCAGAUUCUCCCAUCAGAAUACAUAUCGUUCACUCUUGGAUGCUCUUCUCAUUACUCCUAUCAUUAAGCCUCUACCUCUGGAAAGUAGACCAUCAAGGAAAUCAACAAGUAUUUUGGACAUGCAAAAGAACUGGACAUAUGAUCCUCUGGAGCCUGCUCAGUAUACUGCUGCCACAGUAAAAAGCAUGCCUGAAAACCCAGAAAACGAUGUGAAUAGGACAGCGUCUCUGAGUUCAGCAUCAGUACCAGCCUUGAAGCCAGCAGAACCCCAGUAUGCUGUCAAAACCUCAGGAUGGCAGUCUUCUAAUCAGCCAGCUGGAAGUGGCUGGAUAUCAAAUAAUAGUAUUGGACCAGGAGCAACUGUUUCCAGUGAAAAAAUUGCAGCAAAUGUGUUAACGGAUGAAGACACCUUAGUUCAGCGAGCAGAACAUAUUCCAGCAGGAAAGCGAACUCCAAUGUGUGCCCACUGCAAUCAAGUAAUUAGAGGGCCUUUUCUAGUGGCCUUGGGGAAAUCCUGGCAUCCAGAGGAGUUUAAUUGUUCCCACUGCAAAACCUCCAUGGCUUACAUUGGCUUUGUAGAAGAGAAAGGAGCUCUUUAUUGCGAAGGCUGUUAUGAGAAGUUUUUUGCCCCGGACUGUGCCCGAUGCCAGAGGAAGAUACUGGGAGAAGUAAUAAAUGCUUUGAAACAAACCUGGCAUGUUUCCUGCUUUGUGUGUGUGGCCUGCCACAAGCCCAUUCGGAACAAUGUUUUCCACCUGGAAGAUGGUGAUCCCUACUGUGAGACAGAUUAUUAUGCCCUCUUUGGUACUAUGUGCCAUGGUUGUGAAUUUCCCAUUGAAGCUGGGGAUAGGUUCCUGGAAGCCUUGGGCCACACUUGGCAUGAUACCUGCUUUGUAUGCUCCGUAUGCUGUGACAGUUUGGAGGGUCAGACUUUCUUCUCCAAGAAGGACAAGCCCUUGUGCAAGAAACAUGCUCACUCUGUAAACAUCUGAAAACUUGGAAGUUACUAAAGGAAACAGAAUUGCAAGAAGAGGGACCUGUCCUCUUCUGGUUUUCAAUAGGCUUACUAAAAUAUUUAUGUAGAAUCUUAAAAUUGUAGAUGUGAAGUUGCAGGAAGGACUAGAGCUUAUGACAGUUCAUGUAGCACAACAGGGAGCAUCUAAAGUAAACCACAGUCAUAGUGUCAGAAAGAAGUGAUUUGAAUAUUUGUAAUUACAACAAGCCUUCAGAAUAAUGCCAAUUUUCUGUUGAUUGUUUGGUUGAGUUUUUAUUUUAAUGAUCUCUUUUGCAAAAAAAAAAAAUGUUAAUUAUGUGUGACUUUUGUAGCUCAAUUUGCUUUGCCAUUUAAGUGCCAACACAUGAUAAAUAGCUUAUAGUCAUAAUAUGAUUCAAAAAUAGAAUUUGUUACCCUUUUGCAAGUAAGGCAGGCAGUAUAAUCGAGGAUUCUACUAUGAAUAAUUAAUUGGUUUAAGUGGAAUUCUAGUUAGAGUCUUUCUCUGUUGGUAGGAUACUUUCACCAAGAAAUCGGAAUGGUGCUGUUUUCAGCUUCCGUCCCCUUGUGUCCUUCCCAACAUUUGCUUCAGUGGGUGUCACAUGGAGUCCCUUCAGGGUGGAUUGAAGGAUGAAGUACAGAAUGGUAAUCCCUGAAAAUUAUGACCUUCCUUGUCCUGCUCAUAGAGGCCUUCCAUCAGUAAAGAUUAUCUGCUUUUACCCUUUAACUGGUUUGUAUUGUUGUAUUAUGUUUUUCAAAAGUAUAACUAGAAACAUGUUGGUAUGAAAGAGUGCGUUCAUGUUAUAAGUAAUUAGGGAAUUGGAAACAGAAGAUGGUUAAACUCUAUUAUUUUCACUCAUACAUAUAGAGAUUUGCAUUCAUUUUUUCUGAAAUGAUAGAGAGAAAGUAACUAAAUUUAUGCACUAGGUAAUGAGAUACUUGGCCAUGCAGAAAAUAGGUUUUACGAGCAUUCAGGAAAAAAAAUGCCACUUAGCUGCUCCUAAGAUGUAGCAAAUAUAAGAUGUCUGAGGAUUAAUUAGGGUAGGGGUUAAGAAUGAGUUGGAUAAUAUAUAACUUCACUUCUUACAUCUUUUAAAAAUGUACUUCUACUUCUGUGUGCACAUAGUGCUUCUGUUCGUUUAAUAAAUACAAAAGGGAAAGGUGGAGAAUGAAACAGCAUUUAUGUCGUAGAGACAAGAUUCAUUACUGCAUCAUUGCACAGGAGUCAAGAAAUACCGAGGUUAUUCUUUUUUGUUGUGGCCUUACUGUUAGGUACCUUCAUUAUAUACAAAUAUGUUGUGAAUUGUGUUUAGUUACUACUGUAAUACACGAUACUUGCUUAUCUGCCAUAAUCUGUAAGUAUAUGAAUUAGUUGAAGCAAUUCUUACAUGUCUCAUCCUACUUCUUUCUCUAAUUAUGGAAAAAAAUUUAAUGUGUUUAUUUUUGUGAGAGGAAAGAAGGGCAAGAAUGAAUAUUGUAAGUUUUCUUGAGUAUGGAAAAGUGUUUUAUCUUGUUAAAGUAUAAAGUAUAACUUGAGAUGAUUUGAUAAAUCACCAAAUAGGCAAAUCAUUAAAAGAACAGCUAAGCAAGUGAUUGACUCCCAUGGAAGAAUAUAUAUGUGGCCUAUGUGUAAAGGAAAUUUAAUUCAAAGAAAUCUCCAGAAAACUAGGUCAGGGUAUCCUCUUAAUUUUUUUAGUGAUAUGAACCAAAGCAAUAUUUUCCAGGUAGCGCAAGUAAUCUUUUCCAGGUGAGAGUUGAUUUAAGAUGACACUUUGGCAAUGUUUGUCUUGGUUUUCAAACAUUUCUCAAGAAUGACUGAGAACGGACUACUGUUUUGAAUUAUUAAGUGCUUUGUCAUAUUUUGAUGGGUUCACAGACUAGACUGCUGGGUAUGAAACACUCAGUUUUCCAUUUUAUUCAUUCCACUGAAAUGAUGCAUACAGUGUGUAUUUUAGGUCUUAAACUUUAGAAGCAUACAGUGAAUGGGCUGGUCUCAGAUUUCGUCAUGCUUAGAACAGACUGAUAAAAUCAGUGGGCGUAAUGACUAAAAUACGUCCCAUUGGUUUCAGCAUGACUUGAGUCUUCAUCCAACCCAGUAUUUUAAAAGAUCACUUUAAAAAAUCUUAUUUGCAAGCAACUGCAUGCACAGAUUACAGUUUCUUACACAUACAGUUCCCAUUUCCUGGGUCAAUCUUCAUGCCUGGUGAUUUUCUUAACUGUAGAUUAGACUGUGUGUUUUGUUUGGAAAAUUGUCUGUAGAUCUAUGCUCCUGGAAGAAAGUACAUUACACAUUCUCUUUUUUUAGAAUAAGACCACACUAAGGACGAGUUCUAUAUUUUGAGAAAUAUAUGUCAGUCAUCAAGACAAAUUGGGAAGAUAAAUGAUGCCAUGGUUAGAAGUUCUGCUUCAGUUUCUUUAUCUGAAAUGCUUGAUUUUGGAAUACUUGUUCUUGCAUAUAUGUGUAUAAUGAAAUGUUUUAGAGAUGCAACUGAAUUCUAAACACCAAAUUCAUUUUUGUUUCUUAUACAACUAAUGAACAUAGCCCGAAGAUAGUUUUAUAUAAUAUUUGUAAUGACUUUGUACAUAAAACAACAUUUGUGUACACUGAACUAUCAAAAAGCAAAGGUGUCACUAUUUCAACCGCACACAUGGACAAAUUUGAACUUUGGAAUAUUUUUUAUAAAGAAUGCUCAAUGUAAAAUGUCAGCUCCCUUUCGUCAUUGAGAAUAUUUUGCAGUGAGUUGAGUUGAAAAAUGCAGCAUGUGUCUUUAAUAUUUUGUGUCUAAAGUUACUUAUUGGUAUUACAGUGGGCACUUGAUAGCUGCUAGAGUUAGAUUCCAGGCCCUCCAGUGGAUACCAAAAUCCAUAGAUGUUCAAGUUGCAUUAUAUACAAUGGCAUAGUAAAAUGCUGUCCCUUACAUAAAAUGGUAAAAUCAAAGUUUAUUUGGAGGACUUUUUAAAAAAUAUUUUCAAAUCUAUGGCUGUUGGCUAACUAUAAUUGUAAAAAUCAACUUUCACAUAUUAACUUUUAAAACAGUUCCUUUGAAGUAAUUGACUCUAAAACAUGCCUUUACUUUGAGCUGUUUAAAAAGUCACAACAAAUACUAUAAAAAACUAUUUAAGAUUGUGGAUAAUUUUUAAAAGACAAUUCCAGACCUAGGGUACAAUUAUCCUAUGGCUGGAUAUCAAACCUCUGGUUUGACACCAUAAGUGUGUUUGGCUUAAAUGAGGGACAGCAAGUCGACACAAUGUGGGCUCUUGUCAGUUUAUUACAUUGCUCCAGACUAAAAGAAACCUGAUGCGAUUAUGAAUAUAUAAUCUGGAUGGUCACAUGCAUACUAUUUGGAUAGAAAGGGUUAGCUGUACAGCUUUAUACGUAGCUGUGGGAUGUGUUAACGAAUGUAGGUGAUGAUGUACCAUGGUUUGCAUCCAACAUCUUGCUAAUCCAAGAAUUGCAAUUGUCUAACCAAGUGAUGAGAGACAGUUUCACAAUUUAACUAGGUUUUGGCUCCGGUACAGUCUUCCUGCGUACAUGGCAGGAUAAUGCAAGGGACUGAUUUAACUAAGUGACUACAUGUGCAACACAGCUAAUUUUUGUCUGCACUCAGUAUAAUUUAUUAGAUUUCCCAUUUGGCCUUUAGAAAGUUCCACAAAGCAAGUGGGGAAAGAAAAAAUAUAAAUAAUUCAUAGUGAAAUCAAAAAUCCCCCAUUUAAUCAAAAGCAGAGUUAAAAGUUUAUAUCAUGGUUUUAUAGAGCUAGCCAAGAUCUUAGCAGUGCACUUCAUUCCAAGAAUGUUGUCUUUCACCGAAAUAUUUAUUUUGUGGCGGGACACUUCUGCAAAUAUUGAGGGUGGAUCCAGAUAUAGUCAUCCUUAGAAGACCUGUUGAAAUCAGAGAAACUCAAGUUAGUCUUGCCAUCCAUUCAUUUGAGUCUGCUCUACAUAUGACUGUGUCUGGAUCCAACACAAUAUAUCUGAUGCUGUUUUUAAAAGCUUUACUUGUUUAUUUCUUGAUUGUUUUGAUGUGUCCUUUUCUCUGUUUCCUAUCGUGGUAACAAUGCAGCAAAUUUAAUCAUCCCACAGGCCACUGGAAGUAGUAUAACUUUCAAAAUAGUAUUGAAAAUGACUUUAACCUUAGCAGGGAAUGCCCAGAGUAUAUGCAGUUCUGUCACCAUCUCUUCUGAAAUGUUUGAGUAGUUAUGUUUGUGUUUUGAAACUGGAAGUGUAAGAUUCCCAAUAGAAGCGGUACAUUUGUGUGCAUGCUUUAAAACAGCAAAUUUGGCAAAUUAUUUCAGAAGGCAGAGCUGAAAUUCAGACUAGGUAUGAGUAGCAAACAUUAAGUUAUAAGAUUGACUUGAGCUGAUAGUUUUAAGAACAUCGUUUUCUGUAAAUAGAAUAUUUGACGCUCCAUUUGUGUCCGAGCGAAAGCUAAUAUUGCUAAUAUUUAUGAGUGUCAAGUGUGAUCAUCUGAUGUCAGGAAGGAAGUUGAACAGAGAUGAUGUUACAUUUCCUAGAUUGUUAUGUUCAGUAGGUUCUGACGAUCUGUAUAGCUACUCUUAUUCCAUUCUGUUUUAUUUUAUUUUGUUCUCAUUACUAUUAAAAUUGUUUGGCUCUCUUAUUGAAACACAUUUCUACACUUCUGUAGCAAGUGGUAUCUGGAUCCAAUUGUCAUAGAAAAUAGUCAGCAACCCGAUAUGAGCACAAAUAAAUAAAAAUGAUUGUGGA